AUGUCCCGGCCCAACAGUGUGAGCCCCCCGGGCUUCGGAACCCCUGCACCUCGGGGAGGCACCGAGCAGCAUCGAUCCGCCUGGGGGGAAGCAGAGUCCAGGGCCAAUGGCUAUUCCUAUCCCCCUGCCCCAAACAGGUCAUCGAGCAAGAAGCCUUCUCGCAUGGCGAACAGGUGGAGGAGUGAGGAAGACUAUGAGCCUCAGCCUAACAGGAACCAGGGGGAGAGCGGUUGCAGGAUGAUGAGUUUUAGAUCCAAGUCGGCCUGGCAGGAGCACGGCGAAGAUAGUCGCCGCCACCAGCGCAGAGGGAAUCCCACUUUUACCACCAGCCCUCGGCACUUUGGGGAACUAGGCGAGGUGCGGCCCCGGUCCGUGGAGCUGGGGCUGGAGGAGAAGCGGAUCAAGGCCAAGAUUGAGGAACUGGAGGAGGAGGAAAGGGACUCCCAGGUGGCCUUCUCCAUGGGCAGCUGCUGCGGCAGCCUGUUGCAGAUCUUCAGGUCCAAGAAGUUCCAGUCGGAGAAGCUGGAGCGUCUCUACCAGCGCUACUUCUUCCGGCUCAACCAGAGCAGCCUCACCAUGCUGAUGGCCGUGCUGGUGCUGGUGUGCCUGGUCAUGCUGAUCUUCCACGUCGUGUACGGUCACUACAAGGUGCCCUACGUGGUGGUGCUCUCGCUGGCCAUCGUGGUGGUGGUGGUGUUGUGUGUGCUGUGCAACCGCAACGACUUCCACCAGGACCACAUGUGGCUGGUGUGCUACUCGGUCAUCCUGGCCAUCGUGGCCGUGCAAGUGGUGGGGGUGCUGCUGGUCUGGCCCAGGAGCGCCUCCGAGGGCAUCUGGUGGACUGUCUUCUUCAUCUACAGCAUCUACACACUGCUGCCAGUCAGGAUGAGGGCUGCGGUCAUCAGCGGGGUGGUCCUCUCAGCAAUCCACCUGGCCAUCUCCCUGAAGACCAACGCAGAGGACCAGUUCCUGUUAAAGCAGCUGGUCUCCAAUGUUCUCAUCUUCUCCUGCACAAACAUUGUAGGAGUGUGUACGCAUUACCCAGCAGAGGUGUCUCAAAGACAAGCAUUCCAAGAGACCAGGGAGUGCAUUCAGGCCAGGCUACAUUCUCAAAGGGAGAACCAGCAACAGGAGCGGCUCCUGCUCUCUGUACUUCCUCGUCACGUUGCCAUGGAGAUGAAAGCCGACAUUAAUGCCAAACAGGAGGAUAUGAUGUUUCAUAAGAUCUACAUCCAGAAGCAUGACAAUGUCAGCAUCCUCUUUGCAGACAUAGAGGGGUUCACCAGCCUGGCCUCCCAGUGUACAGCUCAGGAGCUGGUCAUGACGCUGAAUGAGCUCUUUGCCAGAUUUGAUAAGCUUGCAGCUGAAAAUCACUGUUUACGUAUAAAAAUCUUGGGCGAUUGCUACUACUGCGUGUCUGGAUUACCAGAAGCAAGAGCUGACCAUGCACACUGCUGUGUUGAAAUGGGAAUGGACAUGAUAGAGGCUAUCUCAUUGGUCCGGGAGGUGACAGGAGUCAACGUGAACAUGAGGGUUGGGAUCCACAGUGGGAGAGUUCACUGUGGAGUCUUGGGCCUCAGGAAGUGGCAGUUUGAUGUGUGGUCAAAUGAUGUCACGCUAGCCAAUCACAUGGAAGCCGGAGGUAAAGCAGGGCGAAUCCACAUUACCAAAGCAACCUUGAAUUAUCUGAAUGGAGACUACGAGGUGGAGCUGGGUUUUGGAGGAGAACGCAAUGCUUACCUCAAGGAGCACAGUAUAGAGACCUUCCUGAUUGUACGCUGCAGUCAAAAACGGAAAGAUGAGAAAGCGACAAUAGCCAAAAUGAACAGACAGCGCACCAAUUCCAUCGGCCAUAACCCUCCACACUGGGGUGUGGAUCGCCCCUUUUACAACCAUCUGGGUGCUCACCAGGUCUCCAAGGAGAUGAAGAGAAUGGGUUUUGAGGAUCCCAAGGACAAGAACACGCAAGAAAGCAUGAACCCGGAGGAUGAGGUGGAUGAGUUUCUGGGCCGUGCAAUCGAUGCCAGAAGUAUUGAUCGGUUACGCUCUGAGCAUGUUCGCAAAUUUCUCUUAACAUUCAGGGAGCCUGACUUAGAGAAGAAGUACUCCAAGCAAGUGGACGACAGAUUUGGAGCCUAUGUGGCUUGUGCCUCCCUCGUCUUCCUCUUCAUCUGCUUUGUCCAAAUCACAAUCGUGCCCCACUCUACAUUUAUGUUGGGUUUUUACCUGACCAGUUUUUUGAUCCUGACCACAGUGGUGUUUGUUUCGGUCAUUUACUCCUGCGUAAAGCUUUUCCCAGCUCCACUCCAGAGUCUCACAAGGAAGAUUGUUCAAUCCAGGACCAAUAGCACCUUAGUUGGGGUCUUCGCCAUUAUACUGGUUUUUCUGUCAGCAUUUGUCAACAUGUUCAUGUGCAGCACUGUGGAUCUUGUCAGCUGUGUGGCUACAGAAUAUAACAUCACUCCCGACCAGGUGGACAUAUGCCAUAUCAGCAACUCAUCUUUCAGUUACAGCCUGGGCAACUGGCAGGGAUUCUGUGGCAGUUCCCUGCCCAAUUGCAACUUCCCAGAGUAUUUUACCUACAGUGUCUUACUGAGUCUCCUGGCCUGCUCUGUGUUCCUUCAGAUCAGCUGCAUCGGGAAACUGAUCCUAAUGUUGAUCAUCGAAUUCAUAUACGUUCUCAUUGUGGAGGUGCCAGGGGUAAACCUCUUUGACAAUGCAGAUCUUCUGGUUGCAGCCAACACUGUGGAUAUGUUCUCUAAUGGAACAUCAACAUGCUCCCAGAAAGCGUCGAGAGUGGCACUGAAGAUUGUGACCCCUAUCGUCAUAACUGUUUUUGUCCUGGCAUUAUAUCUGCAUGCCCAGCAGGUGGAAUCCACAGCAAGGCUCGACUUCCUUUGGAAACUGCAGGCCACUGAAGAGAAAGAGGAAAUGGAGGAGCUACAGGCCUACAAUAGACGCCUCCUCCACAACAUCUUGCCAAAGGACGUGGCAGCCCAUUUCCUGGCACAAGAGCGGCGAAACGAUGAGCUGUAUUACCAGUCCUGUGAGUGCGUGGCUGUCAUGUUUGCCUCCAUCAGCAACUUUUCGGAGUUCUACGUGGAGUUAGAGGCAAACAACGAAGGGGUGGAAUGUCUGAGGCUCCUCAACGAAAUUAUUGCAGACUUUGAUGAAAUAAUAAGUGAAGACCAAUUUCGACAGCUGGAGAAGAUCAAAACCAUUGGCAGUACGUACAUGGCUGCUUCAGGCCUCAAUGACUCUACUUAUGACAAGGUGGGAAAAUCACACAUCAAAGCUCUGGCUGACUUUGCCAUGAAGUUAAUGGACCAAAUGAAGUACAUUAAUGAGCAUUCGUUCAACAACUUCCAGAUGAAAAUAGGGUUAAAUAUUGGUCCUGUGGUAGCUGGGGUAAUAGGCGCACGAAAACCUCAAUAUGACAUCUGGGGAAACACAGUCAAUGUAGCCAGUCGAAUGGACAGUACAGGUGUUCCUGACAGAAUUCAGGUGACCACAGACAUGUACCAGGUUUUAGCAGCCAACGGCUAUCAGCUGGAAUGUCGAGGGGUCGUUAAGGUAAAGGGUAAAGGAGAAAUGACCACCUACUUCCUAAACGAAGGGCCGCCGAUCAGUUAG